CUGUGAGUAAGUUGAUUCGACCCACGUUUCUGAGUACCUAGGAAUAACAAGACGAACGCAGUUCUCUUUUCACCCCACCCCUUAUCAACCAGAGAAGAAAUCCACCUUCGUGGAAGAACCAGGAUUUUUCUUGCACUUUUCAAGACAUGUCAAACGAACCUCAAACGCCGAAAGUGACUGUCACUGAUGAAAGUGAAGAUGUCACCGAAAAAGAUCGUUCUCCCGCAGAAAACGCGUUUUAUGAGUCGUUUCUUAUUCAGUCGCGGUCAGCGAUCGAGAAUUUGUACGCUUCGAACAUAUACCAUAGUCAGCGGCACGCUAAGGAAGUCAAAGAUCUCGAGAGACAGAAGUACUACAGUAUGUCUGAAAUGAGUAACAAGCAGAAGGAAAUGGUUAAAAAGAUGGCUCAGCUUCAGGAGAAACAAGAGAAGAUCCAGAUAGAGAAAAGAAAACAGAACAUGAAACAUUUAUCAACAAACGGUGAACAUCGUAUGAGGCCGCAUUCGACAUCAUCGUUAUCCGAUCGUAAGUCGGAUCGGAGGGCGAUGCUCAAACACCGACCACGAUCGGGAUCAAUGCCGUUUCUCGAGCCCCUUGAUCCGAGUCUUGUCAACCGAAGUUUGUCGAAGUCCACCGAGAAUUUGUGCUCAGAAUCAUCAUUACUAAGCGCAAGUCCUUCAUCAAAUGCACUUUUAUCGCGAUCCUGUGAAGAUCUAUCAAAUCUUGGCAGAGAGAAUGGAAAAAUCAUACUACCAGCUUUAUCCAAGCUCCCGAGGGCGAAAUCAAUCGGAGACUCCUCGGAAGAUUCCGACUCAACCUUCAUAACCCGAGUGCCAUCUUCACCUCCGACGAAAACGAAACUCAACUUAAGGUUAACGCCUUCUGGCUUCAAACCCGAACAUCGUCGGGGAUCGCUCGAUCCCUCCGUUAUGAGAGACUUGGACAGACGACGAGGAGCAAAAACAGACAGUCCUCCCGCCAGUCCAAAGAGUACGCAAACAAAAUGGGUUCCUAAGUCUUUUGGUUUGUCUCAAGGGCGAGGUCUCCCCCCUGUGUGACACCUUGACGCACAUAUGUCAUAAGGAGUUAUUGGAAUAUCGAAAGGAACUUACGAAAAGGGAAUUACAGCUGAGUUGAACUGAAUUUUACAGUGGUUUGCUGAUAUUAGUGAGGGUAUGAUUUCUUCCCAUGAAAACCUCCCAGUGAGAUCAAGUCGGUGCGCACGGCGAACCAAAAUGUUUUUUGUUGAAAAGUGACAUGCGAAAAGUGACAUAGGCUACUAUCAUUCAUACAUAUUUUUGAGCAACUGAGCGGAACCCAACACAUUCACGCCACUCUUCUGCGCAUGUCUUCUUUCUAGCCUGAUGCACUGUGCUCUUCUUCCUUUCCUGAACAGUCUGCAUCGCAGCGUCUUAUUCAGGUUUUGAGAAAUAGGACACGAACGGGGAAACUUGCGAGCAAAUGAGAAGUAAAACAUCAGUCUUUUUACGGCUAUCAUUCAGUUUACACAAACACACACACACACACACACACACACACACACACACACGCACACACAUACACACACACUUCGUGCAAUCUUUAUCAAUUAAGCGCCGGGAAAGAACAAGUUGCAGUACACGAGUAGUAUCUGCACAUUGACUCGUGACUUCCCUUCAUCAGGCUUAACAAAAAGAUAUAAGGAGAUGUUAACCCAAAAAAGCUCGCAGGAGCCAUGUUUGGUGAAAGUUUCUCUCUUUUUUUGAAACUUAAAAAAAUAAGCAAAGCGUAGCCGUCAUGUUGUACCAGGUUAUAAAAUAACUGAGAUACUACAAGCACUUUGAUUGGUCAAAAACAGAUUAUUGUAUCUCAUUAAAAACAUUAAACACUGUAAAGUCAUCUCAGUCCAACGCAGAAAAGCUAAGCGUAUAAACUUCCAACUUUCUAGCCCCAUUUAUAAUUCGGCGUCUUUAUUUCCGGUAUCUUACUUGCAGCCUUCUUUUUGCCACCUUGAGUGAGUACAUGCGACAGAUGUAUUUGAUUUCUACUUGAGCUCCAAACUACGAACUUGUCCUUAUGACAGCGUCAGAUUCGCGCAUGCUCGUCACUUGAGAUUGCCAUUUUUGGCAAAAUUAUAAAACAGAAGAUAUUAUGAUUUUGACCUGUGGUCGAUGGGUCUGAGGAGAGGUAAAUAGAGGAUAUUACAUGGCC